CUCUGACCUUUCUUUGUCAUUUGACUGCAGAUGUUGCUCUCCAUUGCCUUCGCUGCAGUGGGGGUGGCCGGCGCUUUCUACAGCUUCAUUGUGGCGUUGAUCGGUCUGAACAGUGGGCCACUCUGCUACGCUGAGGGCGAAUGGACGACACCUUUCAAACACAGAAACACCUCCUACCUCGCCGAAUCUUUUUUGUGGGGAAAGUGUGUUGAGCCCAAGAACGUGGUGCAGUUCAACAUCGGGCUGUUCCUCGCCCUGAUGGCCACCAGCUGUCUGCAGGCGCUGCUCUGUGCCGCGCAGAUAAUCAACGGCCUCGCUGGCUGCCUGUUUGGAGCCUGCAACGAGAACAAGCUGGAUGAAGCCCCACUUUCAUCAUAAGCAAGGCGAGGAACCAUGAGUCAGGAAGAACUAAUACCACUUCUGAAGAUUUCAAUGGCGCCACCUACUGGAAAGCUGGGAGAAGUUUGCUUCGCUGCAUCUGCAUCAAACGCUGCAUGGCUUUUAAUAACUUACUGCUGUUGGAAGAUCAUUAGGGCCAUAAAGAGGAACAAUUAUGAGAUGAAGUUUGAUUAAAAGGCAAUGAGUUAAGAUGUCAAGAAUAAAGUCAGAUAUCAUUAUUUUGCCAGAUAUAAUAUGAUCAUUUGUUUUGUAAUUUGAAUGCAGAUUUAAAUGCUAUAGCGAUAGCAUGUAGUUUGAAAAACAACUUAAUUCUGGAAAUGUUUAAAAUAAAUUGUGCAUACGUUUUUCCCUGGCCCUAAACUCCACCAUACUCUUGUGUCCUGUAUUUUAUCAGACUUUAAAAACGUCAGCUUAAUUUAAUUAUGCUUUACAAUGUUGCAGUGUAUUAAAAAUACAAAUGCUAAUUAUA